CACGAUCACGUGAUUCCGCAUUUGGCCGAGCAGCUCUCCCCGCGACGAUUGCGACCCGUCGAACAUCAUCAACAGCUUCAAUCUAUCCGACGAUAGUAUAACAUUCGUAUUCUUCAACAUGUUCAUCUCCACAAGAUAUACUUCUAGACUCUGCCGGGUUGUCCGGCACGAAAUACCAGUCCGCCUCUUUUCUACUAAAACAAGCUUUGCCGGAGACCAUCUUCGGAUCGUUGAAGUCGGCCCCCGAGAUGGGUUACAGAACGAGAAGAAAGCAAUUCCUUUAAGCACAAAACUAGAGCUCAUUGAAAAACUGGCGAAGACGGGAUUGACCACAAUUGAAGCUGGCUCGUUUGUCCCAGAGAAGUGGGUGCCACAGAUGGCCAGCACCCCGGAAAUAUUGUCAUACCUCCUCAAAACGCCUCCCAAGUCAUCUCACUCGAUUGCAUAUAACUACUUAGUUCCCAACGUCAAAGGGCUCCAAAAUCUAGUAAAAAUCAUGGAUACUGAUAGCCCACCGGCCUCGGAAGCCUCAAACUCCAACGCACUUCCGAAACCCACUACCGAAAUCUCAUUAUUUGCUGCUGCGACAGAUGCAUUCUCAAAAGCGAACACAAACUGCACUAUUGAAGAAUCCCUCGAGCGCAUCAGGCCCAUUGUGGAACUUGCCAAGGAGAAAAAUAUUCGGGUUCGCGGUUAUGUGUCUGUGGCCCUUGGAUGCCCCUAUGAAGGUCCCGAUGUAUCUCCUCACAAGGUUGCCGACAUAACAGCCACUCUGCUCGAGAUGGGUGCCGACGAGGUCUCAGUCGCUGACACCACGGGAAUGGGCACUGCGCCUCGGACAUUAAAACUGUUACAAACCCUUACCUCUGCCGGCAUUGCUAAUAAUGAUCUCGCCCUCCAUUUCCAUGACACGUACGGCCAAGCACUCGUAAACACCAUUGUCGGCCUGGAGCAUGGUAUCCGCAUCUUCGACAGUAGCGUGGGUGGGCUUGGCGGAUGCCCUUAUUCGAAAGGUGCUACUGGAAAUAUCUCCACAGAGGACCUCAUUCAUACUGUUCACAGUCUUGGAAUGCGGACGGGCGUUAACCUGGAGGAGAUUUCAAAAAUUGGUGCAUGGAUUAGCAAAGAACUAGGCAGGUCGAAUGAUAGCAGAGUGGGCAAAGCUACUGUUGCUCGACUUCAGGGUUAAGAUGUAUAUAAUGUCUCUAUGCUUGAGCUCCCUCUUUAAUUCUGUCCAUGGGGAGUAUGUCCUUCUGCAAGAUCGAUGGUUCCACGCUUCCUAGAUAUCUAGGGGCUUAUGAUAGAUCAACCAUGAUGCGGAAUCCCAAGCAGAAACUCUCUUUCGUCCCGUUUCCUAUCCUUUCUCCUGCAGUCAAAACAUCACCUGCAUACUCGCGUGAAGCGGCAUUAUACUUCUGUUAGCUUUUCUCUGCUUUCUCUUUGGGCAGGCAUCUUUCAUAUACUGUACAUAUAACCGUUUUUCUAGGUGAAAUAGCAACUGACGGCAAUUCAUUUCUCGACCUGGUCCCAAUGGCGGUUCACAAAUAAGACACCUUGUGAAUAUAUCGAGCGGACUAGUAGUAGUUUUGUCAGUUUUUUCCAAAUUGCGAUCAUCUAUAUAUGGUCGAGCAAAACAUAGAACAAAAGGCUAAAUAGGAAAGAGAUGCAUGAUAU